AUGGAGGGAAAACUAGAGACGCUCUGGAACGAAGUCCGGGAGCUCAAUCUCAGCUCAAUCGAGGCCACCAACAUGUGGAUCGGCGACGACCGGUCAACGACGUCGUUUCAUAAGGAUCACUACGAGAAUCUCUACGCUGUGGUCACCGGACAGAAGCACUUCCCCGACGUGCAUCGGAUGCACAUAAGGGAGUAUCCGGCCGCUCAGUACUCGUAUUCUCCGGCCACCGGAGAGUUUGAGCUGGAAUUGGAGAGUCCGGCGAAGACUGUGCCUUGGUGUAGUGUUGAUCCUUAUCCUGCUCCUGAGGACAGAGAAGAGGAGCUGGCAGAGUUUCCUUUGUUCUUCAAUGGUCCUAGGCCGUUUCGCUGUACGGUUAAUCCAGGAGAGAUGCUCUACUUGCCAAGUACGUGGUUUCAUCAUGUUAGUCAAAGCCCGGAUAGCAGAGGAAGACGUAUUGCUGUAAAUUAUUGGUAUGAUAUGCAGUUUGAUAUCAAGUAUGCUUAUUUCAACUUCUUGCAAUUUCAAUGUCCAUCGAUCGAGAGUUAAAAGCUGGCGGAGACAGUGCAGGAGGGUUUAGAUUCUGAUGCACAGAAAACUGAAGAUGAAUGA